AUGAAGACUACUCUAGUCAGCCUCCUGGCUUUGGCGGGAACGGCCCUGGCUCACGCCCAUCACGACGAUGCCGAAGUUGUACCGGAGAGUUUGCGAGAAGAACUGCUGAAGAAAUGGGACCAGGAGUUUACAUUUUCCGGCAUUGCCAGCUUCGCCCACUUGAAACCCGUCAAGUGUCUGGUCGAGCCCGAUGAGCGCUACGAUAUCGCCGUGAUAGGCGCGCCCUUCGACACAGCCGUCAGCUACAGACCUGGCGCCCGCUUCGGUCCGCGUGCGAUUCGCGCCGCCAGCGCCCGUCAGAUGGCCGGCACCAGCUACAACACGCGCGCAGGCAUCAACCCGUACAGCUCCUGGGCGACAGUCAAGGACUGCGGCGACAUUCCUGUCACCCCCUUCGACAACGGCCUGGCCGAGCGCCAGAUGUACGAAGCCUUCCUGGAACUGGGGUCCCGGCCGGCCGUGACGCCCGCGGACUCCAAGUACGGCGCCAAGGGCAUCUCCGCCGGCAAGGCGAAGCUGGUGACGCUGGGCGGCGACCACAGCAUUGCACUGCCGGCCCUGCGCGCCCUGUACCAGAUCUACCAGAAGCCCAUCACGGUGCUGCACUUCGACGCGCACCUUGACACCUGGAACCCGAUCCGGUACUCGGCCUACUGGACAUCGGAACAGUCGCACUUCAACCACGGCAGCUUUUUCCACAAGGCGAGCCGCGAGGGCCUGAUUUGCAACUCGACUUCCGCCCACGCCGGGUUGCGCACCCGGCUCACGGGCGUCGACGACAGCGACUACACCGCCCCCAAUACUCCCGAGCAAGGGUUCAUGCGCAUCCACGCCGAUGAUAUCGACGAGCUGGGCCCCAUGGGCAUCGUAGACAAGAUCAUCGAACGCAUUGGCCUCGACCCGGAACAGCCCGUUUACUUGUCCGUUGACAUCGAUGUGCUGGACCCCUCCACCGCGCCGGGAACAGGCACCCCGGAGCCGGGCGGCUGGACCACCCGCGAGUUCAUUCGCAUUCUGCGCGGCAUUGAGAAGCUGAACAUUGUCGGCGCGGAUAUCGUCGAGGUCUCCCCCAGCUACGAUAACAAGGGCGAGACCACCGCUCUGGCAGCGGCGCAGGUCGCCUUUGAAAUUAUCACCAGCAUCGUCAAGGCCGGCGCGGGCGAGAAUCUCGGCGGUUGGUACGGACGCAAGGCUGACGGUCAGGCAUCUGCAGAGGAGAUCAUCAAGGAAGAGACGAAGGACGAAUUAUAG